UACACGUGUGAUAUAUUGUUACACAUGUGUAGUAUCAUAUUGUUUAAAAUAAGAUAAAAUGUUCUUAAAGAUUUUAAAAUUCACUUAUGAAUAAAUAUUCGUCUUUGUGUUAUAAUGGGUUAAUAAAUGCUUGAUUAUCAAGUUGUGUUCGCGCAACAUUUUGCCUAAAUUAAAGAUAUCUAAUGGAGCUCGUAAAAAUGUCAGAGUGAGAGCUCUUCCUCCCCGCCCUGCUCAGGGCUGAGCGCGCCUGUUGCACCGCCAACACUACUCUGGGGGGCGGGGCCAUUCCCCCACUCUUUUGGGACAUCUGGAAACCGCAGUCAGUGAUUGGGCAACAGUAUCAUGACGUCUCCAACCAACAGCAUUCUGAUUGGCUGGCGCGAUCCAGCUGCUUCAGAGCGCCAGAACAUAAGCUUAAGCGGGUGUUGCUGAGGUUUUCGCGUCUGGGGCUGGACAGGCUGUUCUUCUGAGAAGCGGGACUAGUUGACAGGAGACGAAGAAAACUGCCCGCUAAUUUUCAAAAGAGGGAAUCAUUCAACGAUGGUGGCCUGAAGGAUCAAACCGCGCGGGGACGAUUUGGCAAAGAUAAACCAAUAUUUGUAGUGGCGGGCCAUUGAACGCUUCUCCGGAUGGACGUGAAGUGCGUGACGCUGAAAGACCUCACGAGCCCGAGGAGGCCCCCGCAGGAUGCGGGCCACGGGGAGCAGAAGGAGAACCUGUGCGUGGACAGGAGAAAGUGCGUCCCGCUGAAACCCGCAGAGCCCAGCAUGCUGCUGAAGAGCAGGAGGACUCUGACCCCUGACCUGACCCACAUCACCCCCAUCAAACACACAUCUCCGGCCGAGCCCUGGACACCCACAGCCAACCUGAAGGUGCUGAUCAGCGCCGCCAGCCCGGACAUCCGGGACAGAGAGAUGAGGAAGGUGCUGUUCCGACCCAUGGAGAACGAUAAGGAAAAGCCCGGGAGUCCAGAUGGUUCUGUGGAAGACCCAGAACUGGAGUUUGAAGCGAUGGAUGAAAAGGAGGAUGAAGACAAGAAGCCGAGCAGGAAGCAGAAGAGUCUGGGUCUGCUGUGUCAGAAGUUCUUGGCCCGUUACCCCGAUUACCCUCCACCCCAGCACCUCAUCUGGAUCUCACUGGACGAGGUGGCCACCAGUCUGGGGGUGGAGCGGCGGCGGAUCUACGACAUCGUGAAUGUCCUGGAGUCGCUGAGCAUUGUGGGGCGGAUAGCCAAGAACAGCUACCACUGGUACGGGCGUCAGCAGCUGCAGGCCACGCUGCAGGAGCUGCAGCAGAGGGGGCGGGAGCAGGGCUACCACCUGCAGAUGGAGCAGGCCGCAGACACCGCCAGGACGGACGCCUGUCGAGAAGAAGAAGAAGCUGCAGAGGCUGGAAACGCUGGUGGAAACAGGAAGGACAAGUCUCUGCGCAUCAUGAGCCAGAAGUUUGUCAUGUUGUUCCUGGUGUCCAAAACUCAGACGGUGACUCUGGACGCCGCCGCGCAGAUCCUCAUCGAGGAGAGUCGAGACUCAUCCAGCCACAGCAAGUACAAAACUAAGGUGCGGCGCCUCUAUGACAUCGCCAACGUGCUGACCAGCCUGAACCUCAUCAAGAAGGAUUCGGUCAGAGAGGAGAGAGGCAGGAAGCCGGCCUUCAGGUGGCUGGGCCCCGUGGACUUCAGCGGCGCCCCAAACGCCCAAGCUCCGCCCAAGCCCCCCCAGCCCACCGGCCAACAGGACACCAAGAAGCUGAAGCUGUGCCGCCACUCCUCCUUCAACAUCGCGCCUGCUCCUGUGGCCGUGGAGCGGCAGGUCAGCUCGGCGCCCUGCAGCCCUCGCUGUGACCUCAGCAGUUCAAACCAGCCGGUGGAUUACUCCAGGAAGGCUCCUGGAGAGGUCCACCUACCCGACCCGCCGCCGCCCUCCUCCACCCACCAGGCCGUCCCAGCAGCCCUCCCCUACCCCGAACCCCUCCUCCUGUCCUCUCCUCACUGCUUGGCCUACCUGCCCAGCCUGUCCCGGCCCUCGCUGGUCACUCUGUUCAGGGGGCCGGAGACGCUCCAGCAGGCCCCCGAGGGUCAGGGGUCAUCAGGAAAGAAGAGGAGGAAGGAGAGUGAGGAAGAGGAGGAGAUGGGGGGGAAGCGGACGGGACAGCCCGGGUCCAGCGAGGUAGCAGAGACAAGAGCGGCAGCCGUCUGCGCAGACGCCGAGCAGCCCUCGCACUACCUGUACCUUCCCAACACCGCAGGUCUGAACGGCCUCAACUUCCUCAUCCCCACCGGCCAGCCGCCGGCCGGCGUGGCGCUUCCUCCAGGCAGCGUCCCCGCCAUGGCGCUGCCGUACGUGCUCCUCCCCUCUGCCGCCAUCCCCCACUACCCCCUGGUCGCCUCCGACAGCCCCGCCCCUCUGGGCUUCGGCCUGGUGUCCCCGAGCCCCUUCAUGAUGGGGGCGACCCCCUUCCGGGCAGCAGGGUCAUCUGAGGUCAGCAGGACGGUGUCCACCCCCACUCAGAGCGGGUUCUCGCUCUCACAGACCGCCAUCAACACCCCGGAACCUCAGACCCCUCAUAGUCCAAAGGAAACCUCUUCCUCCAAAGCCUUCUUCAGAACUCCAGGAACUCUGGGUAAUGUAGUCAGUUCCAGGCCAGCGGCCCGGAAAAGAGGCUCCGCCCAGAGAAGGCUGGACGUGGGCCACCCGCAGCCGUGUGAGGAGAACAUGUGAACAUGACAAUUCCUGUAGCAGCAGGUUAGACUGCAGCAGCUUAGAUUGCAGUGAAACAGCGCCGCUCGGUGGUGAGAGUCUGUCACUGCAGCUGCUCUUUUUUUAUCUUUAAUUCAGGCCUUAACUUCCUUAUAAAUUUGGCCACGCCUCCCUUUGUCACCUCGUAUGUAUUAUAGCCCACUUUCUAUUUAUACUCUAGAUAAUAUAUGGUGAUUACAGGGAACUUUUCUGAGCACUAAGAAGUACAACAGACGAGUGAACCACUUCAGGAGGGAGCAACGAUGAAGAUGGAACAAGGACACCCCCGCCCCCCACAUCUCAUUUUUACUUAUCUGUGAGGGUGGGGGUCACUAAGCCUUAAUGUUUACAGACAGUCAGCUCUAUGAACUGUUUUUUUUUUCUCUACAGAAAAGUUGUUUUAUGUCUUUAGACUGAGAAUUUGCAACCCAGGAACUGUGACUGAAGACGAACACACAGUGUGCUGUCAGGUACUUGAAUACUUUAUUUAUCAGAGUACUGUAAAGAAUAAAUAUUUAAAGAAGUGUUUACAAACCCAGCAAGCUCACAAACACUCACCUGGUUCUGCGCAUCGUUUGAAAACAGUUUUUAAAAUGGAGCCGUUUCACGCCGAGGUUGCAACAUUCACACAGUCGUCAUGUCAGUAUUUUUUGUGUAUUUGUUGUCACUAGAACUUCAGAUGCUGCUUCAGUGGCUGUCUCUGUAAAAACGCUGUUUGUGUUGGAGCGCUGAUCUCUGUAGUUCAGACAAACCGGUUCUUAAUCAUUUACUGCAUUUCAAUAAAAAUGUCUUUAUGUA